AUGGAUUCCAUAAAUGGCGAUCUAGGCGCCCCAAUAUCAGAGACGCGUCGUCGCGCGUAUCCAAAGCCGUCUAUCGUGCCGCUUCUGGUUUUGUUGCUAUUGGUCAAUCUCGGGACUACUCUUUAUCAACUACCGCUAAAUCGGGUCAUCGAGAAGCGUCUCUGUCGGGAAUACUAUAUCAUUCACGAUCCCUCUAUCAUCGAUCCUGAUGGAAACAUCAGCGAAAAGCAUUACUUUAUUAUGACUAUUCCUUUGGGGUUCGUAGCUGAGAAGUACGGCCGAAGGACCGUCCUCUGGCUCAACCUUAUACCGAGGCUCUUUAUGCUUGCCUGGGCCGUUGUAGUCGGCUAUUUCGAAGAGAGCUUGCCUCUAAAAGCCAUCGUUGCUGGCCCAAGUCUUUCCGUCUUCGGCGGUGACUGCGUUUUCAAUUCCAUCAUAUAUGCUCUUGCAGCUAGUUUAACAGAAGACAAUGUCGCUAGGGCAACUUAUUUCAGCUGGAUUAACGCUGUAUCAUAUGUAGUCACAUUUGUUGGCCCCGGACUUGCUGGCGCAACUAUGACCUUGAAUCUAUUCCUACCAUUUUUAAUCGGUAUCUGCCUAUUACUGUUGGCCAUUCCCACAGUAUCAUUCCUGGUGGACCCGGCGCAUAUCCCAACGGCAUCGGAAGAUGAGCAACGGCAGCCUCUCAUAUCGUCACCCAUAUUGAAGGCUCAAGAAACAGAUCCAUCCAUCCUAAAACCCGCUGUUCAGCGCAUUCGUACUCUCUAUUAUAUUGUUAAAAGUCACCCAAUGAACCUCAUUCUUUUGCUAGUUAGCUUUUUUCUCACUUCCCUUGCAAGCUCCGAUACCAAGCUCUUACCCCAAUACAUAUCAAAGCGAUACGAUUGGGAUUUUGCUAAAGCUGGAUACCUCUUAUCCGCGAAGGCUAUCCUAAAUUUUACACUUCUUACCUUUGUGAUCCCAGGCAUUCUGAGGUCCAAAGCCUCUGUUAAUCAGCCCCAAUCUCAGUCUCUUUCCGACAGAGACAAUAUUCGCUAUGCCCGAAUCUGUUUAGUCGUCUCCGUCCUGGGUGCAUUGGCCAUUGCUUCAGCCGUUACAAUUUGGCUCUUAUUUCCAUCUCUUCUAUUGUACGCACUCGGAUCCGCGUUACCCGUCUUUACCAUGGGCUUGUUGAAAUCUCGAUCGGUGUCGCCAAAGGAUGAAGAUCAGCCGGUAAACCCAACCGAUCCAGAAGCGCACAUAUUCUCUAUCGUCAUGAUGGUGAAAACUCUCGGUUCUCUGGUAGGGGCACCUUUAAUGGCAACAUUAUGGGUUCAAGGUAUUGCGGCAGGCGUUCUAGGUAUGCCUUAUUUAAUGAGCGCAGCUUUGUACCUUACCGCAAUCGCUGUCUUUGCUGGCAUUAGAGUGCUAUGA